AAGCUGCUUCCUUCACACACUGCGCACACGUCUGUUGAUACUUCCACCCUGCAGCAGCAACGCACACUCUAAGACAAUGCUGGUGCCAUCUCUUCCAGGAUUUUGUUUGCUGGUGACAUUGUUCCAGCUGGCCUACAGUGGGGCAUACUAUGGGCAAAACAAGCCACCACCUCAACCUCAGCCCAUCCCACAGUUCAAUGAUGGCCCGCCUCAGCAACAGUUUUUGGGGAAUGAUAUGCCACACUUACCCAAAAGCCAGGGAAUACCAUUCCCAUAUCAAUUUGGGAAGGAUCUUCCUCAGCUGCUGGGACAAGGAAAGCUACAAAGGGGAGGGAAAGGUCAGACAUUCAUGAGGGGCCAAAAAGGCCCACCCCCAGUUGGUCCAGUUGGUGAGGGUCUCAGAGAGGGACCGCAAGGAAUUCAGGGACCACCAGGGUCACAAGGACCUCCAGGACCACAGGGCCCACCAGGCUUCCCUGGUCAAGGAAUGCCAGGCCAACCUGGAAAGCCAGGGCAGCCAGGUCCUCAGGGAUACCCAGGAAUAGGAAAACCUGGAAUUCCAGGACUACCAGGAAAACCAGGAAGCCCUGGAUUACCAGGAUUAAAAGGCGACCUUGGGCUCAGUGGUGCUGCUGGACCAACAGGUCUUUCCGGGCCCCCCGGGUUACCAGGACCACCCGGUCUACCAGGGAUUUCAAAAACAGGGGGUCAAGGUUUGCCAGGGCAAGCUGGAAUUGUUGGGGAGCCUGGACCGAAAGGCGCACCAGGACUCCCUGGUCCCACUGGCCCCAAAGGAGACAAAGGAGUAGGUCUUCCAGGAUUUCCAGGUUCAAAGGGACCUAAUGGGCCACCUGGUCCACCUGGACAAAUUGGUAUGCCUGGAAUUGGAAAACCAGGUCUUAAUGGUUCUCCUGGCCCGCCAGGAAUACCUGGAAAAGCUGGUGAUCCGGGAGAAAUUGGUCCUGCUGGGCCACCUGGGGAGAGAGGCAAACCAGGAUCACCAGGCCUACCAGGUCUUGGAAAACCUGGGAAAGAUGGCUUAACUGGACAACCAGGACAGCCUGGAGGGAAGGGUGCCCCAGGACUCCCUGGUUUACCCGGUGGCCCUGGUGCACUAGGCUACGGGAAACCAGGGUUUCCUGGGCCUAAGGGUCAGAAGGGAUAUGAUGGUGUGCCAGGAUCUUCUGGUCCUAAAGGAGAUAAAGGUGAUGCAGGCCUGCCAGGGGUCACUGGAGUACUUGGUCGUGGUGGCAUUCCUGGUCCACCAGGCCUAACUGGGCCUCCAGGUAGCAUAGGCUUCCCUGGGCAAAAGGGAGAGGAUGGUUUUAUGGGCCCUAAAGGCAGUCCAGGAAUGAAGGGUGAUUUAGGGCCAGCUGGCGUCCCUGGACCACCAGGUUCUUUUGGUGAAGCUGGACAACCAGGAUUCAGGGGUCUUCAAGGUCCAAUAGGUCCAAAGGGAGAACCAGGUAGCCAUGGAUUCCCAGGUAAUCCUGGUGCUACAGGUUUACCUGGGCCAAGAGGAGAGGGAGGGCAGGCUGGGGUGAAGGGUCACCAGGGCCCACAAGGAAUUCCAGGACUUCCUGGAGCAGGUGGCCCAAUUGGACCGCCUGGAUUUCCUGGGCAAAAAGGGGAGAUAGGCCCACCGGGUAAACCUGGGUACCCUGGGGAGGGAAAAUCUGGACCAACUGGUCCCAUUGGUCCACAAGGCAACCAAGGCUUGAGUGGGCCUCCCGGACUUCCUGGACAACCAGGAUUACCAGGACCCCCUGGGCCUCCAGGAUCACCAGCAGUCUCUCCUGACCUUGGUCAAAUCCUCCCGGCAACUGGACAAUACACCAACCAGAAAUUUCAAUACAGCAAGCCAAACAUUGGAGGGGACUUUGGGGGAAAUGCAGAGAUGGUGGCAUUCACAGCUAAACUCACAAACGCAUUCCCUCUUUUUGGUUCUCCUGUAAUUUUUGACAAAGUGUUGCACAACAGCAACCAAGACUACAACCUACAUAGUGGUGUUUUCACAUGCAGUAUGCCAGGCAUUUAUUACUUUGCAUACAAUAUCCACUGCAAAGGGAGCAAUGUGUGGGUGGCUCUCAUGAAGAACAACAAACCUGUCAUGUACACUUAUGACGAGUGCACCAAAGGCUUGUUGGACCAGGCUUCAGGGAGUGCAGUGCUCCCUUUACGCUAUGGUGAGACUGUCCAUAUAGAGCUGCCUUCUGACCAGGCAGCAGGACUUAAUGCUGAUCAGUAUUUCCACUCAACUUUCUCUGGAUUCUUGCUGUACCCCUUUUGAACUUCUCAUUGGGAAGUGCACUGUCCUUUACACCAUCAGAUCCACAAUGUGUACACCGCAACUUGGGAUCCAUAUUAAUUCACAUCUGUACUGCAUCAUUUACAUCACAACUGUACCAACACUAUAACAACAUUUAUGAAAUGACAAAUUCAGUGGUACAUUUCUGAUGAGCAAUCUAACUAAUCAGUCAUUCUUCUGACUCAAAAGCAGAUGUUUAAAACAUUUAUGGCUGGAUGAUAGUUAAUACAACAGUAGUUCAUAACAAUAGUUACAAUAGUAAAUACAACAUACAUACAUACCUUUAUUUAAUUUCUGUUUGGUUCACAACAAUAAACUGGCACCUGUGUCCUCAAUGCAUUUAUUUACUGGUUACUUUGUCUUGCGUUGUUGCUUUUCCAUACCUCCAGAAAUUGCACUUUCUGUAACAAAAGCUGUGUGCAUGAAUUUGACAAGAUCAUAGACAUAAUUUUUAGAUUUCAAAUCUGCCAUUUUGGUAUCUGCCGCAGUUACAGUUCAUGAUUUUUCUAUGUUUCUUUUUAACUUAUUUAUUUUGAAUGCUGUUCUCCUUGGUCUUUCCAAACCCCAUCUCCUGUUUCCUGCUGAAAUACAGGGAUUGGACAAAAUAAUGGAUAAUGCAAUGUACAGGGGUUUUGUCCAACCCCUGUACAUUGCCAUUAUGCCGUGUUUCUUCUUUGUCAGUGUUCUGUUACUCUGUGUUCUGUGGAUGAAAAACCUGAAUGAAAUCCUGUUUGCCUUUUGUACAGACAAUUGUACAUAUGAACCGUACCUUUGAUAAAACACAAUGUCAAAGCUUUUGAUUACA